GAGGAUCUCGCUGCAAAACGCAUAAAAAUUAAUCAGGCUUCGUCUUCCACCAACCAUUCCCUAGUCACACAUUCAAGGUUCUUCUCCUCUCCAUUAAGUUCGAGAAAAAAGGUGGAACAAGCCGUGGACGAUCUGAUGCCCAGUUCACGUAUUCCACACCCCCUAUCUGAUAAAGAAAAUAUCGCCGAUCAUGCCGUUGACGUUAUUAUUGUCGAAGAAUUGGAUGAAAUCCUUGACGAACCCCCGGAUCCCGUCACACAAGAAGAUGGAUACCUAUCACCUUCCCCAUCCUACUUCCGAUCAGCGACACCUGAUAUCUCUUCACCUGUGCGGCCGUACAACUCCGCACGGCAUGAUCAUGGUGACGGAGACGACUUUGGCGCCGAUAUCAUCCCCAGCCCUACGGCAGUGAGAAGACUUACGCGACAUACCUCGCAUCAAGGCUUGCUGCCCAAGAAAGAGAAAGUCAAUAUCCUCGUCCGGGAAACGCCGCCGCCGAUUAAUGGCAUAGGUUCUGCCGAUGAGAUCGAUGGACCUGACUUGCGUGAUGUUCUCGAUAUCGAUGAUGAUAUAAUCACUCCGGCGUCAUCAUCUUCCACACCUGGUCCUAUUACUCCGGAAGACAACGGUACGAAUGACGAAUUCGACAUAGACGAAUCGGUUGAAGAGGAUAUAGCAACCGAAGCAAGUGCACGUGCAAAACGCACGGAGAUAGUUGCCAAUGGGUGGUGGAACAAGUGGGCCCUGAACAAGGAGCUACAUACUUCGAAGACUACCAUGCUCAGAAGAUGCGAGACCACGAUUACUGCAGAUGGCCGACAGUCUGGUUGCCGCACUCGGCUAGGGUCUGCACCGCCCAAGGUCAGGUUUCCAUUGUCUACCGAAGUAGCAUCCAGGGCUGGAAGAACCCUGAAGGCUGUGGGAGGUAAAGGGAUCCGUAGUAGUCCACAAUUCGUGAUCGGUAAGUCGUCUGGUCUCGGCCAAGGAGAGCAACAAGAGAAGAUUGGAAGUGAGCCUGAACAAUUUAGGUGUGUUAAUUGCCACUAUCGUAAGGUUCAUUAAUUUACUUGGAGCCGACGUUCACUUGAUAGGUGCAAAGAGUCAUGAGGUUGUUCUGCAUUAUUUCCGAUAUCUACUUCACGUCCAUCACUGUAUAUAAUUGUUAGUCGGUGGAAUGUCGUUGGAAAUGUCCGAGAUGUCGGAGUAGAAAUACAUGAGGUCGACAAGC